GCCAUUUGCUUGCAGCUGUAGCAGCAGCGGCCGCCGCCCAGGGCUGGCCAGGUAGAGGCAGAGACUGCCUUCUGUCUGAGUUCCCUCGGGGUGCAGCGCUUUCAGGGCUCCCCGCAGCACGUGGGGAGUAGGGUCAUGGCGGGUUCAAUUACGAGCGCUGAUCGAUACCACGUCUUUUCCAAGGCAGAAAUUGACCUCUUAUUAGUUGGAGAUGUUGCUGUUGGGAACCUGGCUGAAAUUGUACAGAGAUUAUUUUCAAAUACAGCUGAAAUCACAAUCACUAUUAGUGAUGUGAAGAGUGCCUCGGUCUUUUUGGAUGAUUUCACAUUCAACAUGAUUUUCCUGAAGAUGAAUUCAUUGCCAACUACAGAGGAACUAGAAGCUAUCAAAUUAAUUAGAUUUGGCAAAAAGAAAAACAUACACUUGCUGUUUGUUUUUAUAAUCCCUGAAAAUUUUGAAGAUUGUAUUUCAGGCCAUGGAGCAGAUAUUAUUUUAACAGAACCACUAACAAUGGAAAAAAUGAGUAUUGUACUAAAUUAUUGGAAAACCUUCUUCUCAAAAACUGCUAAAAAUGAAAAUAAAAUCAGAGAGGAAGACUCCAGAUCAUCUCUACAGAGACCUUUUAAUGAAAUCCUAAGAGAUGGUUCCACUGAUCUAGUCCCUCAUAGUUCCAAUGCAUUAGGAGACAACCACGGAGUUGGACAAAAGACUUCAUUGUCUGAUUCCAGGAAAAGUAAAAAGAUUUCUCUUCUUCAUUCAAGCAAAGAAAAGCUGAGAAGAGAACGAAUCAAGGAUUGCUGUGAGCAGCUGCGAACUCUCUUACCAUAUAUAAAGGGGAGGAAGAAUGAUGCUGCUUCAAUUCUUGAGGCAACAGUUGAUUAUGUGAAGUGUAUCCGAGAGAGAAUCCCUCCAACUAUCAUGAUUCAGAUUACAAAGGUGCUUCAAAGCAACAGAAGGUUUUGUAAAAAGCAACAGGUAGCCAGCCAGCCCUUCCUUCCAAGUGCUGUCAAGACACAAAGGGAAAGUAAUGUGGUGACAAGUAUGCAGUCACCUAUGAAAGAAAUCAGAUUGCUGGCUAAUAAGUGCUUGAAUGUAUACUCUCUUCCUGCUUCAGAACACCCAUUGGAUGAAGCCUUGAAAGGUGAUGGUCAUUCUAGCUCCACCUCACAAAAUGCUGCUGGUGAUAUGUAUAAGAUUAUUCCCACUGAAAUGCUUUCUCUUAAUUCUUUACAUCCUGAUCAGUCUGUCAGAUAUUAUGCCAAAGUUGUUCCUUCUUAUGAAGCCGCUGCCUUAACAAAUCAGAGUUUUUCAAUUAAUUUUUCAUCUGUUUUGCCAAAAGUCUCAAGAUUUCCUUCUCACUACUACAGCUCUGCUUUGGGUCAGAACCAUUCACAACAUCACAAAUGCCUGCACCAAUCUUGGGCAUGUUAAGGGAGCCUUCUUGAACUCCAGGCUCUUUGGUAAGCAUGGAGUAAUUUAAUAACAGUCAUGUUUCAAAAAUUGAUGAGGAACAACCCAAACAGCACUCCUGAAAUCAGCACCUAAGAACUGGAUUCUGAGAGAUUUGGAUUGUAUUACUCUUGGAAAGACCCUAGUGCUUCACGUACCAGAAGGCAAUCACAGAGGUGUGCUUGCUGCAUCUUUUCCACACUCAUCUUCAGCCACUUCUACUUCUCAGUAUGAUAUGCUUCUUCCAGAUAACUCCAAGACAAAUUUUAAAAAUGGUGGCCUGUACAAGCUAAGCCAUGGUUCUUUAAAAAAAAAAAUAGGGGAGGGGGGUAGAUUUAACUGAUUGGAGGAGGAGUUAUACAAAUUCAAAAGCCAUGUAGACUUGAGACUAUUGAUGAGGUGCUAAGAAUAGUAACAUAGAUAGCUGGAGCAUUGGCAGACCUAGGAUUAUUGAACAUAAACAUUGUAACUGCUUAAAUUGCGUCAUGCAUCACUAUUCCUUAUCCAUAGACAAUAUAAGAUGCCUUAUGUUUGCUCCUAGAAGAUUCCUUCCACUUCUAACAUUCCUAUAUAAUUAGUGUAGCAGAAGGGUUCAAUUAGCCUAGGUCAGGGGUUCCCCACCCCUGGACCCUAAGUAAUAUAAAAAACCUGUGACCAUCUUGGGAGUAACAUACCUUCAUACCUUGUUGAAAAUCAGUACAAUUCAUGCCUAUGUGAAAUCCUGAGGUACUGGUUUUUCUAGAUUUAGCAAUUCAGAGACUCUCUCUAGCCUAAAAUAAGACAUUAACUGAGAAAUGUGUUUCUUUCGCCUUUGAUUAUUAUAUUUGUAAUUUCAAAUGUGUUCAUUUUUGUAUUUCAUUAUACCUUAUGUGAAAUGAUUAGCCAGGUGGCAAAUGCCUCUUGCUCGUUCUUAUGCCAAAGCUCAGUGCUGCUUUGAUUUUCUUGUUUUUGUCUCUUUCCCCUAAAUCCAAAUGUUGAAAUGAAGAAAUUGAAAGGAGUUUUCUUUUAAUUUUACUAAAGUAUUUCUGUUCCUGGUAUGUAGUAUAUUUGUUAUUGCUAAAGAAAAUAUUCAGUUUGAGCUUCAUACUAAAAUAACCUAGCACCUCUAGUGAAUAAGAAUCCCUUCAUUAUGAAGCACUAUAGAGUAAAUUUAUUUUACUAGCUUUUCAUUUGAGAAAUUUAAAAAAAGAUUUUAAAAAUAACCUAAUUUUAAUACUUAUGUUAUCUAACUUUUUUUGGAGAAAACUUAAAAUUACGGAAUCAACAAACAUCUGCAAAUGAUGUAUGCUUACGGAGAAAAGAGACUUUCCUCCUAGCAUGUGAAAUUUAUUGAUGAGUACAAAAAUAGUUUUGCAAUAUACAUUCAGUCCUGAAAGCCAUCAGCUUUCAGAAUGAAGUAUUGUAGGCUUUUCAGGGAAGCUUUGUUGGGAUAUCCUACUCCUAGCUCCUGGUUCCUGCCAUGUAACAUAGGAUUGCAUGUGACACUUCUUGCUAUUAAAACAUUUGUUAGGGAGUUUCAGUUCUCUUCAGAGUGAAGCAAGGUGAACAAUCUAAGGUUGACGUCUAUGAACAGGAAAAAUAUGGCCAAAAUGUGACUUCUAUGAACUCCCAAAAUGUCUCCUGCUUUCUUGUCCCCAUGUUUCUCUACAGCUGCUCUUAAUGGAGAAAAUUUAUACCCAUUCAUUAUUUCAACUCUAAUUCAACAAGCCAGUGUCAUUACUGUGAGCUUUAAUGGUGGGUACACAUUAUUUUGUCAUAAUGGGAUUUCAGUGUAAUGAAUUCUACUGCUUCAAGUUAAAAAUGUCAUCCCAGCAAAUAGGCCUGUAAGCCUCUAGCCAUGAGAAGAAUGGCAAUGUUUUUGUAUAAAAUGAAAAGUUGUUAUUAAACAAUAAUUUUCUUUAAACAAUGAAAAAUGUGUGAUGAUCUUUCUAAUAAAAGAAAGUA